AAAAAAAAAAAAAACUACGCAUCCGCUCUCUCCGCCAUCUUCGCGCCAGAAGAAGAAGAAGAAGAUUAUUUACAUUUCUGUCCAGAAGGUGGCGGUAAUGCGCCCAAAACCUGAACUGCCAUUAAACAAAGGAAGAAGAAAUGCGCUUACCAAGAAGUGGAUCACGUUAGAAAAUGGCAAGACAGCAGGGAGCUGAGGAUCUGUUUGACAGUAUUCUUUUCGCAGAUGAAAGGUUCCGCGGUGAGGGCUACCAGGAGGGCUUCCAGAGAGGGACCAAACGGGGGCUGCACAACGGCUGGAGACACGGGGCGUCUCACGGAGCCAAGCUGUCAUCUGAGAUCUCCUUUUAUUAUGGUUUUGCGGUCAGCUGGAAAUGUCUGCUGGAGCAUCAGUCUGAUGACAGAUCAAGAAAGCGCCUCAGGGCUCUGGAAGCUCUGCUGAAUUUGACCCAGAAGUUUCUCCUUGAUGACCCGCAGUCAGUGAAGCUGCAGGAGGACACAGAGAAGCUGCAAGCCAAGUUCAGACAGGUCUGCUCGAUGCUGAAUGUGCCUACUGACUUUAAGGAUUACAUCCGAACAGCUGAAGGGACGUCUUUCUGAGUGACAUAGUGGCGUGGCAGCAGAGCCAGAAGGAACGAAAACAGACUGAGUGGGCCACUGUGGGCCUCACAGGAAGCAGUGUAAGAGGAUGCCGGUGGCUUAGAGGGCUGGAGAACUCAUCCUGGUUCUGUCCCGACUUCACAUCAACUCAAGGAACUGGGGGAACAAAAAAUUGUUUUGAGUGUAACUAGUUGGUUUUAUUGCCGUGAUAAGGAUCCUCAGUGCCUGAUGGAGAAGCUGCUGCUUUCUAAACAGACUUUGGAUCAGGCAGCUGAUGUUGCUUCUCUGAGUUAGGAAAUGAUUUGUGGUUCUGUCUGCAGUAAGCAUACGGUGGCUUGAGUUCUGUCAGUCACCAUACCAGUUGAAGCAGCUCCGUCAGGCCCUGAAUACUUUGUACUCAUCGACUGGAUGGAGACUGAAAGAAAGAAAAACUCGAGAAAAUGUUCUUCUUUGUCACAUUAUUUCCUUGACCAAGAAGUUUUUUUUUCUCCUUAAAUUUUUUAAAAAGGCGAACCUAAAAGGAGUCCCAGCUUUGAAAAAGAUUUUUUGUUUACAUUUUAAUAAAAAAGAGAUGUCAAAUA